GCCGCGCUCCAACUCCGUUCCCUCGACACUUCGCCGCGUCUCUCUAACUCUCGUCUCUUGUCUUCUUCUUCUUCUCUGCUCCCAUUCUCUAGGGUUUUACACCCCCACCGCUCGCCUCCAUCCCUUUGCAAAACUCUCGUCCGACCAUGGCCUCUUCGUGCUCGAGGCCGUGGAUCUCGGCUCGGGUCACCGCGAGAAACUCCAAUCCGAGGCGGAUUCCUCGGGCCCCGGUCAUCCGGAUGCGUUGUUUUGGGCCGGAUAUUAGUUUUCUUGGAAGGAGGGAUGGUUCUUCCGUCUGCUGUAGCGCUGAUCGGCACGCCGGGAAUGGCCGCGUCGCCGCCAGCGGCGGUGGAGGUGGUGGCGGGAGUGAGAAUGAGAAUGAGAAGUUUGUGGGGUGGUUUCGGCAAGCUUGGCCGUAUAUAAGGGGGCACAGGGGGAGCACCUUCGUGGUGGUGAUCUCAGGGGAGAUCGUGGCCAGCCCUUACUUGGAUAGUGUUCUCCAGGAUAUUUCACUCCUUCAUGGUCUAGGGAUCAAAUUUGUCCUGGUUCCUGGGACCCAUGUCCAUAUUGAAAAUCUCUUGGAAGAGAAAGGAAGCAAGGGCAAAUACAUAGGUCGAUAUAGAAUUACUGAUACUGAUUCAUUAGAGGCUGCAAUGGAAGCUGGUGGGAGGAUUCGACUGACAUUAGAAGCAAAGCUCUCUCCUGGACCCCCUAUACUGAAUCUUCGCCGACAUGGUGCUAAUAGUCGUUGGCAUGAGCUUGGUGCCAAUGUUGCAAGUGGCAACUUCCUUGCAGCUAAGAGAAGAGGCAUUGUAGAUGGUGUUGAUUUCGGAUCAACUGGUGAAGUUAAAAAAAUAUAUGCUUCACGUAUACAAGAAAGGCUUGACAAAGAGUGUAUAGUUAUACUAUGCAAUCUGGGCUAUUCUAGUUCGGGAGAAGUUUUAAAUUGCAACACUUAUGAAGUUGCUACUGCUUGUGCAUUAGCUAUCAAUGCAGAUAAACUGAUCUGCAUAACAGACGGUCAAAUUCUUGAUGAACAGGGACAAGCCAUUCGUUUUUUGUCUCUCCCAGAUGUGGAUAUGUUGAUUACAGAGCAUGCGAAGCAAAGUGAAAUAGCUGCAAAAUACAUCAAGGAGUUUGCUAUUGGAGGUGAAGAGCUAUUGAGCACUUCAAAUGGGUGCCUUUCAGAGCUGGCUGCUGCAGCAUAUGUGUGCAGAGGUGGAGUUCAAAGAGUUCAUAUUGUAGAUGGUACUCUCAGUGGGGCCUUGCUGCUAGAAUUAUUUACAAGAGAUGGAGUGGGGACAAUGGUGGCUCGUGAUGUGUAUGAGGGAAUGCGGAAUGCUAGAUUGGCAGAUUUUCCUGGCAUUAGAAGACUUAUACAACCUUUAGAAGUAUCUGGUGCAUGGGUUCAGAGAACUGAUGAAGAGCUUCUUAAACAAUCGGAUUCAUUUAUAGUUGUGGAGAGAGAUGGUUCAAUCAUUGCUUGUGCUGCACUUUUUCCCUUCUUUGAGGAGAGAUGUGGAGAGGUUGCUGCAAUUGCUGUGUCCCCUGAGUGCCGUGGACAGGGGCAAGGGGACAAAUUGCUUGAUUACAUUGAGAAGAAGGCAUCAUACCUUGGAUUAGAGAAACUCUUCCUUCUUACAACUCGUGCUGCAGAUUGGUUUGUGAGGCGUGGUUUCUCAGAAUGUUCUAUAGAGUCCAUUCCAGAUGAAAGGAGGAAAAAAAUCAAUUUCUUAUGUGGAUCAAAAUAUUAUAUGAAGAAUCUACAACCAGAGCAAGGUGGGAUUACCAUGAACAGGUUUGCCUUUAGGUGAUAGAUGAUAUGUACUUCUAAUGGCUAAGUUAUCAGUAAUUGGUAACAGAUGGCCGGUUAUGUAUUAUAACUCUACUGUCAUCUAAUUUCAGUGAUAUACCAUACAUGGAAUGUCAAUCUUUCCAUCAUUAAUGAAAAUCUUCGUAUUAGCAUGCUAACA